AUGAGUAAUGUUCCUUAUGCCUCUGCAGUAGGGUCCAUUAUGUAUGCCAUGGUAUGCACUCGACCGGAUGUUGCAUAUGCUUUGAGUAUGUGCAGCAGAUACCAGUCAAACCCAGGAGAGGCGCACUGGAUGGCAGCAAAGAAUAUCCUUAAGUACUUAAGAAGGACUAAGGAUGAUUUCUUGGUCUAUGGUGGAGAUAAUGAGUUGGUUGCCACUGGAUACACCGAUGCAAGCUUCCAAAGUGACAAAGAUGAUUUUCGAUCACAAUCUGGUUUCAUAUUUUGUCUCAAUGGAGGGGCUGUGAGCUGGAAGAGUUCUAAGCAGAGUACCAUCGCAGAUUCUACAACAGAGGCUGAGUAUAUUGCAGCAAGUGAUGCAGCAAAAGAAUACCUUGAUAGCAGCUACAACCCUUACUGCAAGACACAAGCAGCCAUAGAGUAG